CCUUCCCCAGCAGCGAUGAAGAAAGUGAUGACACCUGGAACACACAGCUAGAGGACUAUGAGGCUUUCGAACAAAUAUCAGAAGCUCUUUAUUUAUUUGACCCUGGGAAGAAUGACUUUUUAUUUUCAUUUAUUUAUCUUUGCGAUUACGUUGGGAGUUGUGCUAUUGUUCCUUUGUCAGUUCAGCCAAUUCAAUGGACAGAAUAACUUGCACAGACUUCAGUUUUCCCACAGUGCGACUUUGUUACAGAUCGCCUGUGACAGACUGACUAAACAGGAAAAUUCUUUUAUUUGGGUAAAUUCGUUAACAAUGCCUUUGAAGAGAAUGAAAUGCAUGGAAGCAUAUGUCAUUCAGAACCAUUACAUCACGGCUUCUCUCUCGGCUGAAGAAGCAGAUUUUCCUCUAGCCUACAUUAUUGUGUUACACAAGGAAUUCGAUACCUUCGAGAGACUGUUUAGGGCUAUCUACAUGCCCCAAAAUAUAUACUGCAUCCAUGUGGAUGAGAAGGCGAGCGCGGAUUUCUUGCAGGCAGUAGAUGAUUUUGUAAAUUGCUUUCCUAAUGCUUUUCUUGCCUCAAAAAUGGAGCCUGUGGUUUAUGCUGGAAUAUCGAGACUGCAGGCUGAUCUGCACUGCAUGAAAGACCUGCUGAAAUCAGAGGUGCGGUGGAAGUACGUGAUCAAUACCUGUGGACAGGAUUUCCCUUUGAAGACCAACAAGGAGAUUGUACAACAUUUAAAAAAAUGUAAUGGGAAAAAUAUCACUCCUGGGGUCCUGCCUCCAGAUCAUGCCAUCCCCCGCACCAAAUAUGUUCAUCGCGAGGAUAUAGUACAUUCAUAUGUGUUGAGGACCAACGUUUUAAAGCCUCCCCCUCCUCACAAUAUCACCAUAUACUUUGGGUCGGCAUACGUUGCCCUGACAAGGGAAUUUACGAAAUUCAUUCUAGAAGAUCAGAGAGCCUUGGAUCUACUGAAAUGGUCUAAGGACACUUACAGUCCAGAUGAACAUUACUGGGUGACACUGAAUAGAAUACCAGAUUUUCCAGGGUCCAUGCCAGAUGCUAAAUGGGAAGGUAAUCUCAGAGCGGUAAAGUGGAGUGAUGACAGUGGUCACGACGGUUGCCAUGGUCGCUAUGUCAGACAAGUCUGUGUUUAUGGGACAGGAGACUUACAAUGGCUAUACAACUCCACAGAACUUUUUGCCAACAAAGUUGAGCUGUCAAGUUAUCCUCCUACAGUGGAGUGCCUGGAGCUGAAGAUCCGCCACAAAGCGUUAUCUCAGAGUGAAACUGCACUGCAACCCAGUUGGUUCUUUUAA